CGCUCCCCCGCCCUCACCUGGGCUGGAGCUGCUGUCUCUGUCCAAAACAAGAACCCAGGCGUCCGGGUCCCUGGGAACCUCAAGCCGUUCGGGCUCCCGCUCGCCGCGCUCUCCUGGGAUCAGCCCCACAUAGCUGGACGGCUCCCGGGGGGCUGGGUUACGGGCAGAGCCCCUUCCCCCCCUUUUCUGGCCGGCCCUUCCCCCUCUUUCUGGCCGGCCCUGCCCCGCCCCUUCCCAGACGGCCGGCAGGUCCCCUGUCCCCCCCCCCACCUCAUCAUGUGGAGGGCACCCAUCUUGCUCCUGCUGGGCCAGGCUUUCACCUCCGCCUUUGCCAACACCCCCCACAGGCAGCAACUCCAUGCACCACUGGCGGGACAAGUGUUCCUGGGUGCAGACGCCGCGCAGGGGUUCUUGGGGCGCCGGCUCCUCUACAAUCACUGGGACUUCGAGCUGGUGACGCCGGGGAACCUGGAGCGCGAGUGCUGGGAGGAGGUUUGCAACUAUGAGGAGGCGCGGGAAGUUUUCGAGAACGACUUUGCAACAAAAGCCUUUUGGGACUCUUAUCCCCACAAUGGGAAAGGCGGGAGCUCAGACAGCCCCGGGGUGGACGUGGCCGGGCUGGUGGCCGGGCUGGUGGCCGGGCUGGUUCUGAUGAUCAUGGUCGGCGUCAUUGCCAUGUACUGGGUCAAGUACCGGUCCAAGGAGUGCAGGCAGCACAGCGUCCACAUCCCCCUGAAUCCAGCUUUGCCCCUGACCUGUCUCCCUGGGGACCCCAAGCCUCUGAGGCCCCCCGGGCUGCCCUCGUACCAGGAGGCACUGGAGGCGUCGGGAGUCCACGACGCGCCCCCCCCACCGUAUCCCAGGGCUCCCAGCUCUUCUGCCCAGCCCCGCUGAUCAGACCCACAGCCACUGGAUUGCUGCUGGAAGGGGGAGGGAGAUGGGACGAGUGUGCAUCCGUGGGACGUGUGUGGAUGAAUGUGUGAGAGGCAUGCUGAGUGUGCAAAUGGGGUGAAUGCACAAGGGUGAGUGUGCAAGGUGAGUGCAUGCAUGAGGCACAGGGGUGUGUGCAAAGGGGGUGCAAGGCAGGAGGCACAUGGGACUGUGGUGAGUGUGUAAGGCUGGGAGGCGCAUGUGACGGAGGCAUGUAUGUAAGGCACAUGAGUGCAUGUGCGUGAGUGAGACAUGAGGGUGCAUGUGAAUGUGAUGUGGGGUGAGUGUGUGAGGCCGGGGGGCAUAUGUGAUGGGGAGCGGGUGUGCGAGAUACACAGGGGUGUAUGAAGUGGAGGGAGUGUGCAAGGAUGGGGGACAUGAUGGGAAGCGGGUGUGUGACAUUGGGGCAUGUGUGGUAUGGGAUGAGUGUGCAAGGCUAGGGGCAUGUUCAACAGGAAUGGGUGAGUGUGCCAGACACAGGGACAUGUGUGGUGGGAAUGGAUGAGUGAGAGACAGCAGGUGAGCACAUCCAAGCGUGCGAGACAAGUUUGUGUGUGGAGGAAUGAGGGGGCACAAACACGCUGGGUGGUGUGCAUGUGUGCAACAGGGUGAGUGUGAGGAUGAAGCAUGUGUGCAAGACACAAGCGCAUGCAUGUGCUGUGAAUGGCGUCUGACAGAGUGCAGGGCACUGGGAGUGCACCUGGCCCCCCAGCCCUCUGUCUAUCCCAUUCGGCGGCACAGAGGAGCUGGCCAGGGAUGGCGCUGAGCCGUGAGGGUCACCUGGCCCCGAUUCCCCCUGGAGCCUGCUGCACCGGGGCUGGGACCCCGCCUCCCACGCCGGGAUUGUUGUCAGAGAAAUAAAGCGCCAGCUGUUUGCUAGAA